CGAGCCGCCACUUUCAACCAGUUGAAAGAUUCUCACACUCCUUCAGCUUCACUGAAGUGCACCCAAACGACGUCGUUUGCUGUGAUCCGCCAUUUCAGUUUUUCCAUACACACAAGAAUAAAGCCACCAUCUAAUCCAGCUGCACGAGCUAGAAUUUGUUGGGUUUUUGUAAAAUUCGUCGAACUUUCAUAAAUCCGUGUAUUUAUCAUCAAUGGCGGGUUGUUCAUCAAGUAUCAGAAUGACCCACCUCAAGAAUGUCUCAAACGGCAUCGUUCUUUCCAGGUGCUUCGCCUCCAAGAGUCCGAUCGACUCUAAAUUCCAAUAUUCCGGGUUUAACAAAACUAGAAGAAGCUUGCAUUUGGUUUGUGAGAUUAAAAAGCAUAGACUUGUGGUUGUUAAUGCCGUUAAUCCUGAGGCCGAGCCUCAAUCCAGCGUGGUUGUGACCGCCAUUUCCCAACGAGAAAACACUGUUUAUGUCGAAAAAGAUGCUGAGAUUAUCGAGAAAAACUAUUUUUCAGUACCUGAUAUCGAUAAUGGUGGUGGCACUAAUGGCGGGAAUGGGAAAUUCUCCGGCGGUGGAGGUGGCGGCGGGGAUGGUAGUUACGAUAAUUACGAAGAAAAUGAAUUUGGACCGAUUCUGAAGUUUGAUGAGGUGAUUAGGGAGAGCGAGGCUCGUGGGGCGAGCCUUCCAGCUGACAUGUUGGAAGCUGCUAAAACAGUUGGUUUAAGGAAAGUGCUUUUGCUUAGAUAUUUGGAUUUGCAGGGUUCAGUUUGGCCGCUGGGGUUCUUCAUGAGAUCGUGUGCUAUGCUUCGAAAGAGGAUGCUUGCCGACCCGUCAUUUCUUUUCAAGAUUGGCACAGAGAUAGUUAUCGAUUCUUGUUGUGCGACAUUUGCGGAAGUUAAAAAGAGGGGGAAGGACUUCUGGGCUGAGUUCGAGUUAUAUACAGCCGAUCUUCUUGUUGGUGUGGUAGUAAAUGUGGCUUUAGUUGGCAUGCUUGCUCCAUAUGCCCGAAUUGGGCAACCUUCUUCUUCUCAAGGAUUGCUUGGUCGUAUGUUGAGAGCUUAUGGGGCGCUGCCUAGCAGGCAUGUUCUUAUACCACUAGCUUUUACCCCUGUAUUCGAAGCAGAAAGGCCGGGGUCUCAAUUUUCAGUGAAUCAAAGAAUUGCUACGUAUUUUUAUAAGGGCAUUCUAUAUGGAUUGGUCGGUUUUGGCUGUGGUAUUAUCGGUCAAGGAAUUGCUAACUUAAUAAUGACAGCCAAAAGGAACAUAAAAAAAUCCGAGGAUGAUAUUCCAGUUCCUCCCCUUAUAAAGAGUGCAGCACUUUGGGGUGUUUUCUUGGCGGUGUCCUCAAACACUCGGUAUCAGAUUAUCAACGGCCUCGAACGUAUUGUGGAGGCAUCUCCGUUGGCUAAGAAGGUGCCACCUGUCGCGAUGGCUUUCACGGUCGGCGUACGAUUCGCAAACAAUGUGUAUGGUGGAAUGCAGUUUGUGGAUUGGGCUCGAUUGUCCGGUUGCCAGUGACCCUACCCGAGCUCAAGUAAAAAACUUUCGACUCCAGCCUUUUGAUUAUUCUUAUCUAGCACAAAUAAUUAAUAAUUGAUGAACGUUUCGUGUGCCGAGUUAUUACAACUGUUUUGUUGUUUGAUUUGGAGAAGUUUGUCCUGAACCUGAUUGAAAUUUAGUUCCUUU